AUGUCAACGUCGAGGAAGUACAAGGCCUUGAUACGCAGCAGGGACUGCGUCAUCAACUUCGUGGAACGGAUGGACCACUUCCUGAAAACAACACAAGAAUUCGAUGAGCAAGCGGUCAAGAUUCGUUUGGAGAAGCUCGAUCAAAAAUAUCAGGAGUUCGAGGAUCUCCAGAGCGAUAUCGAAGGCAUGGAGGACAACGAAGAAAGCUUACUGGAUUACCAGCAGUCGAGGGCCGAUUUCGAGGAUAAAUAUUUCGAGGUAAGGGCAGGGUUGGCGAAAAAAUUAACUACAGAACAUGCGACACCAAAUACUGCGACUACACACACAAACAACGUCCCUCAUGUACAUGCUUCCGUGCGACUUCCUCAAAUAAACCUACCAGAGUUUGAUGGCAAUUUCCAAAAUUGGCUUCCGUUUCACGACACUUACGUGGCUUUAAUCGACUCCUCGGUGGAACUAACCGACAUACAAAAGUUCCAUUAUUUGCGUGCUUCUCUGAAGGGCGAUGCUUUGAAGAUGAUCGAUUUUUAUGCGAUGAGUGAGGCUAAUUACAGGGUGGCUUGGGAUAGUCUGGUUGAUCGGUUCUCCAACAAAUACCUCCUCAAGAAACGUCAUUUGAACGCCUUGUUCGAAUAUCCUAGAAUCAGGAGGGAAUCAGCGACUGGCCUGCAUGAACUCAUCGACUGUUUCGAACGUAACACGAAGAUCCUGGAUCAACUAGGGGAGAAGACGAAUGUAUGGGGAGCGAUGCUGGUGCAUCUAAUGGUCUCGAAGCUGGACGAGGUCAUUCAGAAGCGUUGGGAGGAAAACGUCACACCGGAUAGAGAACCGUCGUACACUUCAUUGGUCGAAUUCCUCAAAAGGCAAACUCGGGUGCUGGAUGCUGUCUCUGUCGAUCAGCAGAUGUUCUCCACGCCUUCGUCUUCAUCCAGUGGUAGCAAAUUCCGUCCAACUAAAGUUUCAGUUAACUCGGCGACUGAGAACUCGCUCCCAAGCUGCUUCGCCUGCAGUGAGAAGCAUUGGAUUACUCGGUGCCCAACUUUCGCUAGUCUUCCGGUGGAUAAACGGCUGCAGCUUACAAACUCCAAGCGGCUCUGCAGCAACUGCCUGGGUCGGAAUCAUUUAGCGAGAGAUUGUCCAUCUAAAUUUCGAUGCAAAACGUGCUCCAAAAAACACCAUUCGUUGCUGCAUCCUGGUUUCCCUGGUUCUGGAUCUAGUUCUGCUCCUAUCCCCACUCCAGCGAAUGACAACGGUAACACUUCUGCUCCAUCAAUUUCCGGCGGCGCUUCGAAUUCUGGUCAAUUGGUUUCUAGUUCGGUAGCAUCAGUUUCAACCAACAUGGCGAUGGGGCAGCCAAGGUCACACUCAUUUCUACUCACGGUUUUGCUAAACGUGAAGGACGUAUGGGGAAAGGCCCACCACGCAAGGGCACUUUUGGAUUCUGGUUCCCAAGUCAACCUGAUGUCGGAAAAUCUCUGCAAGCUGCUUCAAUUAUCACGGCGGGAUAGGAUGGUAGAAAUAACUGGAAUAGGACGAUCACGAAGCCGCACGGCUUUCGAAGUUUCCACCACAGUUUCUUCUCGGGUGCAGAAUUUCUCGACGUCAUUGGACUUUCUGGUUCUGGGGCAGGUCACCGACGACCAGCCAUCUGUCUCGCUUCCACAAACGCAACGGAAAAUUCCACCCGAUAUGGUUCUAGCCGAUCCUGAAUUCAACAUCUCUGGUCCGAUCGAUUUGGUAUUGGGUGCACAGUACUUUUACGAUUUCCAUGUACGCGAUGGUGGCCGGUUGCAAAUUCGCAAGGUCGACGAUACGCUUCCAGUAUUUGUCAAUACGGUGUUCGGAUGGGUGGCAGCCGGCGAAGCAAAACGCAUGGAUGAAUCAACACGGGUCAGCUGUCACGUUGCCAAGGUAGAAUCUCUGGACAAGGCAAUCGAAAAAUUCUGGACGGUUGAAGAGUUGACGAUCAAAACGCCACGGUCACAGGAAGAGGAGGACUGCGAGACGCACUUCGUGAACACAUUCACACGCGAUGACACCGGCAGAUAUAUCGUGCAAUAUCCCAAACGCAUGAACUUCAGCAGCAUGGUUGGCGAAUCGAAGCAGACGGCUCUGCGACGAUUGCUUCAGACAGAGAAACGAUUGGAACGAGACCCAAACCUACGAUCGCAGUACGUGGAUUUCAUGAAGGAAUACAUGAAGCUGGGCCACAUGAAAUACAUCGGUGAAGCAGACGAUUCUCGCUUGGAUAAAGAUAAAACGGUCUGCUACCUUCCCCACCACCCGGUAUUUAAGGAAUCUAGUUCCACCACAAAGGUACGGGUAGUCUUCGAUGGAUCGGCGAAAACGUCCACAAAUCAUUCGCUGAACGAAGCUCUACUCACCGGCCCUACGAUUCAGGAUGAACUCUUGGAUCUGAUGCUCCGCGUCCGGAAACAUCUUAUCGCUUUGGUCGCUGAUGUCACGAAAAUGUACCGGCAAAUCUUUAUCCACGUCGACGACAUUCCCCUUCAACGAAUCCUGUGGCGAUGUGAUCCAUCAGAACCAAUUCAGGUGUACGAGCUGCUAACCGUCACGUACGGCUUGUCCCUAUCGUCAUUUCUCGCCACACGUGUGCUGAAGCAACUGGCUUUGGAUUCCGCUCAGAAGUACGAACUUGCAGCACGGACCGUGCAAGAAGAUUUUUACAUGGAUGACUUUCUCUCGGGAGCAAACACAGUAGAAGAAGCCAUAAAACUGCAGACGGAAGUCCAAUCACUACUGGCCGAAGGGGGCCUCGAGCUGCGUAAAUGGAGCUCCAAUAGUCCAGAAGUCCUGGAGAACUUACCCAUCGGAGCGCUUGGAGGAGAAACAAUGCUGCACUUCGAAGCGGACCAGAAAAUUAAAACGCUAGGAGUGGGGUGGGAAACCGGAUCAGACCAGCUUUGCAUCGAAGUACAACCAUCUACGAACGAAGGCAUUUGGACAAAACGCAAAAUUUUCUCGGCAAUUGCGAAACUCUACGACCCACUCGGAUUGGUCUCACCGGUUGUGGCAUGGGCCAAGAUAAAGAUGCAACAACUUUGGCUGUGUAGCGGGAUAACCUAUUACCAUUAUCCUUUCCCACUUGUCAUAAAAUCCCAACGAUCCUAUUCCCACAAAUUCAUUCCCACGCCAUAA